AUGCCCCCAACGAUAAGCAUACCUACUGCACCUAACACGGCCCCAAUAAUUAUUCCACUCAAUGUACCCGGCGACAGCCCCCCGCCGCUGGGACUAUUCGGACCAGCAGCUAAUGGAGGAGGAGGAGAGGCACUGAAGUUAGUGUCGGAAGGAGUCUCCACCGGAGGAGAAGAAGGAGAGGCACUGGAGUUAAUGUCAGAAGGAGUCUCCGCCGGCAACGGAGACGACAUGGGCGGCAAAGUUUUCCAAGUGAGGGUUUGGAUGGGUGGGGGAGUGAAAGAAAGAAAAGUUACGAUGCGACCGUGUGACGACAAGUCAACGAGUCGUGGACAAGGUAAGGUCAUGUCUACGAAUGACGGGAUUAAGAAAACUCAACUCGUGGGAAAGUUCGAAAGAAAACUGACACAUAAAAGUGAGAAAAUCAAGCACACACGCCACCACCGCCUCAUUACCUUUACCGGCAAACGUCACCGAAAAACCUAA